CCCUCCUGUCACUCAGCAAGAUGGAGAUGGAAGUUUACGACCAAGAGAGCUUGCAGGGCACAACAGCAAUUGUCCCGGCUGAGUUACCCUUCAGCAAUUUCUAUACCCCCGAGAACUCCCGGUUCUACGCUGCGCAGGUCUACAAGCCCCUGGACUCUAAGACCGAGGCCUUCCGGGUGCUCGAGGUCCUACAAGGAACUGGUGACGACAUCAUCAGAUGCAACAUCAUUGAACCCUUCCAUCUUGAAAGUAGCUAUGAAGCACUCUCAUACCGUGCCGGGGACCCGCAUAAGACUGGCCAGGUCCUCGUCAAUGGUCAUCAAUUUAACGUAUUCGCAACGCUCUUCGCAGCGAUCAAGAGGUUACGCCAUCCCGACAAAAGCCGACUCCUCUGGGCGGAUCAGAUUUGUAUCAACCAAAGCGACAUCUUUGAGCGCAACAACCAAGUGCAGAAGAUGAGAAGUGUCUAUGAGAAAGCUGAGCGAGUCAUUGCGUGGCUAGGACCACUAUGUGGCGGGGAAUUAGCUUUCAAUGCUGCUCACUCUUUCUAUCAGGACUAUGUCCAACGCAGAGCCCAGUACAAAAGUACUCUCAUGAUGAGCCGGGAGCUUCAGACCAGCGAACACGACGACAUCGUACAAAUCAUCGCAUCAGAGUACUUGGAAGAGCUGAGACUGGCCGAUCAGACGGAGGAUAACGAGUACCUUAUAAAGGCCAAAGCAUUGGGACAGUUCUAUCAUUACGAUUUCUGGAAUCGUGUUUGGAUAUGGCAAGAAAUUGUGGUUGCCAAAACCGUUGAACUUUUAUGGGAUACCCGAUCAAUGGACUCACAGCCUUUUUUCAUUACUGCCCGCAUCCUCAUGGCGAUGGGCAUCGAUCUUCUAUCAAGUCAACUUCCGCAAGCCAUACGCUACAUACUUUUACCGUCUGUCAACCGACCAACGAUUCAUUUAAUAUCCGUCGUUGACGACUUGCGGCACUCUUGGAACCCCAAGUCCCACCUCAAUAUCAAAUAUCUCCUUCGCAAGAUCAGGCGGGCACAAUCGAGUGAUUUGAGAGAUAGGAUAUACGCUGUUUCAGGUCUUAUCCCCCCAGACUACCGGAUUAUCCCUGAUUACUUCAACGACCCCGCCUCAGUUUACUGCCGGACCGCAUGGUCAAUAAUAUUACGAGAUCGAUCCUUAGAUAUCCUUGCCUUCUGUGGGUAUCCAGCCCACCGAAGUCAGCUUGCUCUACCUACCUGGUGCCCAGAUUGGUCAGUUGGAUCGCGAGCCUCUCGAGAACCACUCACCCUAGAAGCUACCGAUGCCAGACGGCAAGGAAUCCGUGAGUCCAGAUUUCAACCCUCCAAGAAGCUGCCAGCCUAUUGCUGCAUGGAAGUAGAGAAAGAUAAAAAUACCGGAACUCAAACAUUUACACUUUCUGUCCAGGGAUUGCUCAUCGAUACAGUGGAAGAAGUCGCUCCACGAUAUCGAAAAGGGCAUUUCGGGAGCCUACCCUCACGAGAAAGAUAUCAAGUGGUGCUCGGUUCAUGCUGCGAACUUGUCAGCAAGAGGAAGACUAUCACAGAUAUUAUAGAAAGAGAGGUCGACAGGACGCUUACAGUUGAUAACUGCGGUGCUCCAAAUGAAUCUGAUCCCAAUUACUCGCCACGUCGGAAAGAUCGGCUGAAGGUAGAUGUUGUUGCUGGCAGCCGACAAUUCUUCCUUGGGAAAACGGGCAUAAUGGGGAUGGGGCCUCCGCAUGUCUUGGCUGGGGAUCUGAUAUGUGUUUUAUUUGGAUCAAGAGUCCCGUUUUUGUUGCGGAAAGAUGGAAAGUUUUACACUUUGGUUGGAGAGGUUUAUAUUAGUGGAGGCCAUAUGGAAGGCAAAGCGAUUGAGGAGAUGGAUGCUGGUCUUCGUUCUGCCAAAUCGUUUGAACUGCGUUGAGGGUGUUGCCUGUAAUUAACGAAUGCAUACACCAAAUUUGUGCUUUUAAUAAGUGCUAGGACACUGAACUGAACCAGGAAAAUAACU